GGUAAUUAAUUAACAGUGAAGAAUAUAAUCAAUCAGUCUCUAAGUGUUUACUUAUUUCAUGGCUGAAAACGCAGCAAGAGAAGAGAGCUUUGGGUGCGCUAUGCAGCUGGUGAUGGGCUCUGUUCUUCCGAUGACUAUGCAGGCCGCCAACGAAUUGAGAAUUUUCUCCAUCAUCGCAGAAGCUGGAUGCCCAAGCAGCGCAUCAGAGAUCGUCUCUAAGUUAGAGUCGAAGAAUCAAGAUUCGGCCGUUAAUAAGGUCGAUCGCAUUCUUAAGCUAUUGGCUGAACAUUCCGUAGUCGAUUGCACGCUGGACGCCUCCAAGCAGCAGCGGCUCUAUAGCUUGAAUUCUGUUUCCAACUACUUCAUAAAAAAUGAAGCUGGUGUCUCGCUGGCUCCCUUGAUGUCGUUGAUUCAAGAUAAAGUCUUCCUGCAGAGCUGGUCUCAAUUGAAAGAUGCGGUGCUAGAAGGAGGGGUUCCAUUUGACAGGGUCCAUGGAGCUCACACUUUUGAUUAUUCGGGUCAAGAUUCGCGGUUCAACCAAAUUUUCAACGCGGCGAUGUUUAACCAUACCUCCAUUGUCAUACAAGAGGCCCUCAAUUCCUACAAAGGAUUCGAGCAAUUACGAAUGGUAAUUGAUGUCGGCGGUGGGUUAGGACAAACCAUAAAGGCAAUUACUUCCAAAUAUCCCAAUAUUAAGGGCAUCAAUUUCGACUUGCCCCAUGUUAUACAACAGGCUCCAAUCAUUCCUCGCGUGGAACAUGUAGCGGGGGAUAUGUUCGAGUGCAUUCCCCAAGGAGAAGCCAUUUUCAUGAAGUGGAUACUCCAUGACUGGAAUGACGAGCGAUGUUUAAAGUUGUUGAAGAAUUGCUACGAGGCACUUCCAGAGGAAGGCAAAGUGAUCGCCAUGGAUGCAGUGGCUCCCGUCGUGGCGGAGACGACCACAAGCUCAAAAUUGACCGCUCUGGUCGACGUGCUGAUGAUAGCACAGGACCCCGACGGGAAGGAGCGAACCAAAGAUGAAUUCGUGGCGCUAGCUAUUGGGGCCGGGUUUAGGGCCGUCAAGUUUGAAUGCCUUGUUUGUAAUUUGUGGGUGAUGGAAUUCCUCAAAUGAAAGUGGCAUGGCUACUGGGUUUUCCUUUCCACCAUGGUGCGGGAAUAAUUGGGGACAAAGGACGAAGAAAUGGAUUUCAGAUUUGUAGUGUCUCUUUUAUGAUUUCAUGAUAAAGCUUUGACAAUGUCAUUAUAUCAAUGUUUGCGUGUGUCUAAACAAUAAGAAAAUAAAUAAUAUUAU